AUGACCCAACUGGAGCUCCUCGCUCGAGCCUCGGUGCUCCCGUCGUCGUUGUAUCGUCGUCUUUCUGACUCUUUUGCCCCGUCUUCCGACUCGUCGCUUGCUUGUCGCCCCUCGCCGCCUCACUCAACCCACUCGGUCCUCUAUCGAGCCCCUUCGUCAGCUCCUGCUCCAUAUGCCACGACCGAGUGCACGGCGCUCGUCCUUGGCUGCGGCGUAGCGGGAAACGCCACAGCGCUCCGUCUCGCCAACCAGGGCGUCAAGGUGACGAUGGUCGCUGCUGCUUUGGACCCGAACCACUGCGCCACGUACUACGCCCAAGGCGGGAUCAUCUACAAGAGCCAAGACGACACGCCAGCGUUGCUGUCUUCAGACGUCCAUCGCGCGGGCGCGGGCGUGUGCGACGAUGUGGCGGUCCAGAAACUCGCGCGAGAAGGUCCGUCUCGCGUUGAAGAGAUGCUCUUGGACGUGGCCAAAGUGCCGUUCACCCGCCAGGACGACGGCGAGCUCGCGCUGACGCUCGAGGCGUCGCACAAUCGCGCGCGGAUCCUUUACAAGGCCGACCACACGGGUCAAGCCAUUUCUACGAGCAUGGUCCAAGCUGUGCGAGCUCAUUCUGAGAUUACGCUGCUUACAGGCCGCAGCGCCUUUGAGCUCGUGACAAAUGCCCAAGGCGAGUGUGUCGGUGCACUGACUGUGUCGACAAGUGGCGACGUGGAGCUCUUCCGCGCGCCGUUUACGUUGCUGGCGACUGGCGGCGUGGGCGACGUGUAUGAGAACACGUCCAACCCGGAAGGGGCCCGAGGUGAAGGGAUUGCACUGGCUGCUCGAGCUGGUGCGAAGCUCAAGAACAUGCAGUACGUGCAGUUCCACCCGACGACGCUGUAUAUGCCGGACGAGCGUCGCUUCUUAUUGACGGAAGCGCUGCGGGGGGAAGGUGCGAUCUUGCGCAACAAGAGUGGCCGUGCAUUUGCGAAGGACUAUCAUCCUGAUGGAGAGUUGGCUCCUCGCGAUGUGGUGGCCCGCCUUAUAUUGGCUGAGAUGGCAAAGCAGAAGGACGUUUGCAUGUACCUGGACAUUUCGCAUGAGAAGGCAGACUGGAUCAAGAACCGGUUCCCGACGAUUUAUCAGCACUGUCUCGAUCGAGGGAUCGACAUGACGAAAGAACCGAUGCCCGUCGUCCCGGCCGCUCAUUAUCACUGUGGUGGUGUUGAGGUUGACCUGCAUGGCCGCACGUCUGUUGUUGGUCUGUAUGCUGCCGGGGAGGUGAGCUGCACCGGUCUCCAUGGUGCGAACCGCUUGGCUUCGACUUCGUUGCUGGAGGGGCUGGUGUGGGGCUGCAGCGCUGCUGACGAUUUCCUCAAGCGCAAUAAGGCGUCGGACUCGAAAAGCCACAAGAAGGCAGAGGACGUGUCGGUCAGCUUGAAUGGCUUUCGUGACGCGUAUCCUAGCGAAGUCGAGGAAGUGAUGUUGGCCACGCAGCGCAUCAUGUGGGAGUCGGUGGGUCCCGUUCGCACGAAAGCAGGUAUGGAAAGCGCCGUCAAUAAGCUCGCACUUCUUGAGGUCAAGGCGGAAAAGCUGCACCAAGAAUGCCGCAUCACCCGUGAGACUGCGGGUCUGCGCAAUGCGGUCCGUACCGCCAAGGAGAUCGCGUUGGCGGCACUGCGUAGCCCCGUGUCAGUGGGCACGCACUAUAUUUCUCCGGAGUAA